UUUAUGCCCCAGAAGGUGCUCGUAUUUUACUACAAAAUUAUAAAACCAGUUAUUCCACGAUAUUAAAUGAAAUCUGUGAAAUGUUAAGUGAAGAGUGCUUUAUAAAAAUGCCAAGAAAUGUUUCUAACAAUACUAGACCUACGCCUGAAAUCGUCGCGUAAACAAGUGCCCUACAUUUCAUACUUUUUCUCAAAUGGAAGAAAGUUUCGUAUUUGUACUUCUUUAUAAGGGAUCAUAAUAAUAAACUUGUAAUGGGUAAUAUUAUCGGGCUUUAUGGUGUCGAAAUCGAUUGAUAAACUAUUAUGUAUACAUUAAUAGAGAUAGCUUUGAGCUUAGCAGUGCUAGCCACUUUUGUCACUGUCCUAUCAGGAUGCGUUUGUGGCUGUAAGAACUCCAACCAAAAAAGUGAGUUGGUUGGUACGGCCGGUGUGGUCAAAAUCCGUUUGGAUGAGGAGGUACCAUCUCCAACACCCACCACUCCGGCCUCCAUCAAGCGGGCAUCCACACAAAACAGCCAGCGUAGUUUGCCAGAAAUCCCACAUCCUGUUGGAAGACAUGACAGUGGUGACACAGCAUCUGAAAUUUAUGCAACAGUCAAUUUAGAUGAAGGAAAUAAAACCGCAGUGGUUGCGUCUACGAGCCGAGACCAUCCCUACGAACAUGCCUAUGCUAAACUUCAAAACGAAAGUCACAACGUAAUCGUAGAAAUAACACCUGACGAAAGAUCGGAUAAUGAAAUUCAAAUCGAUGAAAGAGAAGCGGCCCCUUCGUCCGCCGCUGAAGCCGUGCUCAUAUCGGCGUCGGUGGCGAUCAGCGGCCAGCUGCCGUCGAGCCAGGAGCUGCCCUACAUCACGCCGCCCUCGCCGCGCCCCGAGCCCGUGCACUUCAGCGGAGACUCCACCGACUCCGCCAAGGGUUACACGAGCAUCUCGGUGCGCGAGCCGCUGAGCAAUAUCCGCGCGCAAAGCGCGAAGCCCACGCAGCCUCACUACGCUACCGUCUCCGACGAUUCGGAUGAGAUGUAUGCAGCAAUAGAGGAAGCUAGCGUUGGUGAGGGGUCGGACACGUACGCGCAGAUCGCGCCCGAGCCUCGCCGACGAGAACCCUCCGUCGCCCCCGCCGCCGUGCCCGCCGCACCCGUCGCACUGCAGGCCGACGUCACACACCACGCCAGAAGGAGUGCUCCACCUGAAAUUGGAGCAUCUACGUCUACAGCAACACAUUCCCGCCAAGCGUCAAUGUCAUCUUGCUCAAACUCGACGGGAGCACUGGGAUCUCCUAAACCGGAGAAGCGACAGGCCAACUCUCCGCUGCCACCGCCCCCACACCCUUCGCACGCUCCACAUCCCGCACACGCCUCGCACGGCACGCAUACAACGCACACCGCACACGCCACUCACGCCGCACACUCCUCACACGCAACACACGCCACUCACUCUGCACACUCCACACAUGCCACACACGCCACUCACACUGCACACUCUACACACGUCGCCCACGCCACACAUGCUGCACACAGCACACAUGCAGCGCACGGAACACACACUGCGCACGCUCCGCACGCGUCACAUCCGCCUCGCACCGCGGAUACACUUGCGCAAAGACAUCAGAGGAUAUCUAGCACUGGUGACCUUCAUUUUAAUCACGACAAACUACGCCGCAGCCUCAAUGAGAAACACCAGAGGAAUAACAGUUGCGUCAGUUCUUCCGACUUUUAUGGGUGUAAUUAUCCGGUUGAAAAACAUCGGUUUAGCUCCGGCGACCUCAUGCGACCACUUGUAGCCCGAGAACUAAACUUUGAUAUUGACCAAAAAGAAAACCCCACCGACAACUUUUAUAACUCUAUCGACGGUCCCGGCUACAGUGAUUAUUCUUCGGCAGAAGCCAAUAACAGUAUCAACUCGGAGCAACGCGCUACAGAAAGUCCUUCUCGAAAUGUAGAGGAAAUGUACGCUAAAGUAAUGAAAAAAGCUAAGGCGAAAGAAGAAUUAGUGUGGAAAUCAAAAGACCCCACUAAUACCGAAACUGAAACGAAAGUACUGAAAUAUCGAAGUGACGAUCCCGGAUAUGAAACUAUAGACCGGAAGCAAUCUGUUAAUCAUGGCUAUGAGACUAUAGCACGCAAGGAACGGAAAGGCUCCAAUCAGGAUCCAGGUUACGAGACGGUCAAGGAUAUAAAUAAAGCUGGCCCACCGAACUAUCCUAAUAACAAUUUAUCGAAAUUAAAUAGUUUGAAUGUCGACAGUGGCCCUAAUAGUAUUUUAAGUAGUGAUGCUGGAUACGAACAUAUUUCGAAGACAGAUGCCAAUGCUUCCGACUCGGAUCCAAAUUAUGAAGUGCUAAGAAAUCAACCACCGACACCGCCUUAUGCAACUAUUGCUCCUGACUACAAAGUCCAACCUACAUAUUCAACGGUAAAUAAGAGGACAGGAAAAUAUAACAAUUGGUCUGGUAACAAUAACGAUGACUCUACUUUAGAACCAAAUUACGAAUCGAUGACACACGAACCUUUUUAUAAUACUGGAAGCGAAUCUGAUUCUAAUUACGAAUCCGUUCGACCGAAAGAUUCCAGCUUUGAAAGUCAGGAUCCUAAUUACGAAUCGUUAAGAUGCAAAGAUCCUAAAUAUGAAUCUGUGCGAUCAAAAGACCCUAAAUACGACUCAGUUAGAUCUAAAAAAGAUCCAAACUAUGAAAGUGUAAAAUAUUUCGAAUUAUCUAAAAGAGAACCGCCAUAUGAGAAGGUCAACAACGAAACCGCUGAAAGCUCUGGUAUUGACAGAUCUGAUUCGUCAGCGGGUUACGAGAAGAUUAACGUUCAAAAAACGAAGGACUCAAAAAACAGUAUUAAUAAUGGAGCCGAUUGCACUGUAAGUGAUUAUUUCCAAGUUUAACUUUUGAUAUAAAGUAUUUUUUUUACUUGUAAUGGACCUACGAUGGCGUCAUAAACGUAGUUAGUGUUUGACGACAUACCUAGGAAUAACUUUGAGAUUUUGUGCUUUUUAUUUAUUUAUAUUUUUACAAAUAUACUGUGUAUAGUACCUCAAAGAUAGAUGUAACCUAAUAUCUUCCUUAGGUAUCUGUGAUAUAUAUUGUGAGUAUGAAAAUUUUCUUACUCAGUUAAGUUUUAAGUUCGACAUCAAUGUUGUUUAUGUUUUAUUAAAAUGCAGGCUUUUAAAACAUUUGUAAUCUCCAUUUAUUAGUGUGUUCAUAUUUUUAAAAACAGGUGUAUUACAUGUGAUUAUAUAUACAUACAUGUACAAAUUGUAGAGUGUACAUAUAAUUGCGGACGUAGUUUGUAACAGUUAGAACUAUGUUUUUUAAAUGUAUCUCUAUCUUAACCAAGUGCAUCGUAACAAAAGUAGAAACAUUUUGUAUACCUUCUGUAACUAAAUGUGUUAUAUUUAGUCGAUAUUUGAACUUAUAUGUUCUUUGAUCUGGUUGUCCAUAAUGACACAAUAUACAUCCAAUUAUUAUUUUAAACCGAUACACAUACACACAAACACACACACUGACAUAAUGAGAUCCAUUACCUUAUCAUACCUUUACCAUUUUUUUUCAUUCAUCAUGCAUUCAAAGCAAUUUUAACAACUAGUGCCCAUCCAUCCUCGAUCCAACAAGAGAAAUAUAAAUACAAUUUUGUUUAAUUAUUGUACAGGCAUUUAAUAUUAAUUUAGCGAAUUUAAACCAAUGGGCAUUUAAUAGCCAAAAUCCAUAUUUUUAUCGAAAUAUUUAAUGGUUCUAUAUAAUAAUACUAAACUGAUUCUAAUAUAUUUCUUGUGGUAUAUGAUAUAUUUUGUUUUUAUUAAUGGUUAUGUUUUGUUAUCAAUACACAAAGUAUGUUAUGAUUAUAAUUAAGUAUUUUAAGUUAAUUUAUCGUCCGUAUCGAUUAAAUAAAAAUAUGAUAGGUGACUUAUAAAGUAGUACCUGAUCUUUUGUUUUAAACAUAUAAUUUAUUAUGAAAUGUUUUAAAUUUAAAUAAAAAUUGUUUGGUUUUCGAUAAGUACUUACAUCAUAGUAAAACCCAUCCUUGGUAGUAUUAUUAUUAUUAAAUGUAUAAUGUUCAAUAUACAAGCUAUUAUUUGUCAUUAUAAUACAAAAUACUCUUGAUCCUAACGAGUGUAUUUACUUUUGGUGCUAUCAUCAAUAACAAAAAAUCAUUACAAAACAAAUUACUAAAUACAAUAUUCCACUUUUCUCACAAUUAUUAAGUUAUCUUAAUGCAAUAUAUAAAAUAAACACUUGUUCAAAUUUAAAUCUAGAGGUUUAACAUAUUACCUAACAACUGGUUAUUAUGGAUAAGAGAAUUUCCUUAUUUUGUUCAAAAAAAAUCAUUUAGCAGUUACGUCUUAUUUGUAUGAAAUUUUAAAAAAGUGAAGGACUUAUUUUCAAUCAAAUUUGUACAAAGUUUGUUGGAAAAAAAAUAAACCUCAAAAUUACCUCAGAUUUCAAGGUCACGUUUUUAAUUAAAUAAGUUGAUAGAUUUUUAUUAUUUUUUCUUUAUAGGUAAUUCUUAUUAAUAACUGUAAUAUAAUAUGAUGACAAUUUUAUUUUGUUACAAUUUGUUUUUAAUAGUUUUUAGAUUUGAUAACAGUUUGUACAAAUUUCCUUAAAAUCAACCACAUCAUAUUUAAAGAAAUCCAAUAAAAAUCAAUAGUGAGAUUAAUCAGUUCGAACGGAUUAAUGGAAAAAUCUAUGCAAUGAUAACAAGUUAAAUAUACUAUGUAAUCUUCUAACAAACCAAAUGCACUUCGAAUUUUUCUAAAGAUGCAUAACGACUUUUGAAGCUGAACAUUGUAUGGACUAUUUAUGUUAAUAUUUUAUGAUAUUGUUCUGAAACAACACAAUUUAUAUAAUUUUGUAUUCGGUUUAUAAAUACAAUUAUAAUAAUAAACCGAAUAUAAAAUUAUAUAUGGUGAAAUUCAAAACUAAACUAAAAUAUUUCUCUUUUAAAUCAGCCCUUAUAUAUUUCUGUUCGAUGUAAAUAUAAUUUUCGCUUAUGUAAGUGUUCUGUAUAUCCAAUUGAUGGAUUUAUAAAUGUAUCUGGCAACCAUUCCUUGAUCACAGUCGAUGGGUAAAUGAUAUAUUCAACGAAAUAAAGUAUGCCAUAUGAA